AUGGCUGGGAAAUGGCGAAACAUGGCUGAAAUCGCCAUUGCUAUAUUAUCUGUGGCGUUGAUUACCUUUGGUACGCAUGGAUUUGACAUUAUGGCCAAAUUUAGAGAUCCUCUACAUGGGAAAAAUGUGAUUUUGAAGGAAGACAAGAUGGACGACUCGAGUAAGUUUUAACCUAGCGAUGAAUUUUUAUAGUAAAAAAUUAAACAGUUUACUCAAGCUUAAACUUAUUUUCAGUGUUCCAAAACAAAAUGGAUGAAACGUUUUACAGUACUGUAGAUUAUAUGACAGUUUUUUUUAUUCCUUUCGAAGCAAAGACGGAAAAAUGAAUUAAGCUUAAGCUGACAUGUAAGCUCAUAGAAGAAAGUAUAAAGCUUAAUUUGCCUUUUUUCUUAAUUAAUUUGGACUGGCAUUAAGCUUAUACUCUUGCUCAAGUUUUGGUUUGAAUCUUAAGAAUAAGCCAAGUUGUAAGGCUAUGUGAGAAAGUCACCUAUAUAAAAAACGUACAAGGUCAAACGGCGUCGUCGGGGCUUUAUUAAUUAAGCCUUUUCUAAGAUGAGUUACAGUACCAUGAACGACUAUCGCCACGCCAUUUUAGCGUAAGAACUUAUGCUUAUACAAGCCUAAUCUUUUUUUUUUGCAAAUCCUUUUUGCAAUUGAGAUAACUUCAAUGUUUUAUUCUGCUAUCAAACUUGAUGAUGUCUGUAUUUUUCUGGUCUUUGCCAGUAAAAUUCCCAUAGUAUUGAAAUCUGAUCAUUACUGCUUAUUUGGAUGUUGUUUGAUAGUCAUUGUCACACAGGUUUAAUAUUUGCUCUGAUCAAAAUUUUGUGGCUUUGUGAUAGAGUGCCUUCAAGGAAUGGUUGGUAUAUUGGUCAAGAAUGCAAUACCUUUAAGUGCCAUGACAGCAUCAACCUUCCAGGCUCACAAUGCACCUUACUGGGCUCGUUUGAAAGCAGUCAACUGGUGGAUACCUUCUGUUCAUGAUAAAUUACAGUACUUAAAGGUAGAUCUUGGAAGCUUAGUUGUAGUUCGGAAGUCUGCCAUCCAAGGCUCUGGUGACACCACAACGAUGGGAGCGAGGGUGACUUCAUACUUCCUUUACUAUAGUAAAGAUGACACCAUUUGGUAUCCAAUACUUGAAAAAGAAAACCCACGGGUAUGAUAGCUUGUAAUUUGCUUUUUGUUAUUAAUAUAAGUAGGUUUCACUGUUGCGACCUUGAGGUAAUCACUUCAAGAUGUAAGAUAGGAUGCCAUUGGUUAUUUAGGCUCCAAAGACUAAAAAAAAUAUAUUGUUCUUGCAUAAUGGAGAAUGUGACUUAUUUUUUGAGUUAUUUGUUGGCCAUCAACAAAGAGAACUUCAGAAAAAAGAGACCUUGUGUAAGCAGUUCAUUUAUAAUUUUUGCUGUUGGAUGUAUUAACCUUACAUUUAGGGGUAUAUAUGAGGCAAUAACUGCUAUACCAACAAGAAAGCUCUCUUUUAAUUAUAACUACAUUGACAAUAAGAGUUAGGUAACAGUGAGGACAAUUAAUUGUGUUCUAGCUUCUAUAUUAGUGAAGUUCAAGGUUGUUUGACAGCUGUCUUUCAGUCAUACUAAAAAGGGAUUUUGUAUCAUGAGUUCUUGUCAAGUUUUGAAACAUAGGUAAUUAUGUCAAUGAAAUAUUGCUUGAUAGAAUCUGAUUGGUUCUUAACAAAGCAUAUUUGUUGCUUAAUUUUCCUAUUUGAAACACCAAAACUGUCUGAUUUGACCUGUCCAAUUACCAGAAGCUAUGUAAUCUGACAGCUCAACGGCCAAUGAAAAUCAAGUAGCAAAUGUUAUUAGCCAAUGAAAUUUAACUACAUAGCCCAUAAUCAAUCAAUACCAACAAAAACAUAAUGAGUGAGAAGGAUGCGUGGUAAAGAAAAAUGGAUGAAAUCAACCAGUCAUGCAAACAACCUUUAAUCAGAUAUUUGUUAUUGCCAUAUUUAAUUUUAAAAGCAUGUUUAAGAAAGUUCAUGCAGUCAGACUUCCACAUUGUGAUUUCACCAAAAGUUAAUUUUGCAAGAACUUUGUACUUACAUUAACGAUCAUAUUCAAAUACUUAGAUUCCUGCAUUAUUGUUAUUGACAUAAUAAUAAUAAUAAUAAUAAUAAUAAUAAUCCUUGUGGUUAUGGUAGAAAACAUUAAGAAAGUAUCAGAGAGAGCUACUAUGACCGAGAUUCAAAAGAUCUGCAUGCUGGGAUCUGCGCGAAUCUUCAGAAAGAAAAAAAAUCCUCAGUGUAUGAACAGAAUGAUUGACUUGAGUGACUGACGCUCUAGGUGCAUGGUUUGCGCCUGGCUGAUGCACAAAAAGAACACAAGCAAAGACUGUGAUAAAAGAGAUAAUAAUAAUAUACAAUAUAAUAAAAAUACUAACUGGUAGGUAGGACUUGUGUUUUACAAGUAUUCAUAGGUAAUUGGGGAAGUCAUUUGAUGGUGAUUUGAAAUUACUGAUGCCCAAUAAUACUCCCUUUAGUGACAAAGAAUUUUUUAUUUCUUUAUUUUACUGACAAUGAUACACAGCCACUGAGAAGCAAGACUUCACAUAAUGUCCUGAGACACAUUACCCUGUCAUAAUUUAGGGACUGGGUUCCGUAUUGUUUAUUGGGAGUGGGGGGAGGGGGGGUGGGUGAUAUUGGGAGUUGCCACAAAAGAGACCAAAAAAGACCGAAGUCUCGGAUUUAACAUUUUUACAAUAUAUAUGCCUGAAGAUGAAGUUUAAGAUAUUGUUAUCAUUUAUAUCAAUUUUAGAUGUUCGUUGGGAAUUUAAACAACAGUGAAGUGAUCUCAACGAGUUCUUUUGCACCAUUCCUGACACGUUACGUAAAGUUUUGUCCACAUAGCUGGAUCAAGCAAAUUGCUCUGAGAGUUGAAGUUUAUGGUUGCAGAGCUAAAGGUAAAUAUACAAUAAUUUUAACGAAAGGUUGUGAAUAUAGGCGUUUUUGUUUUGCUCAUCUUUUGGGCCGCUCCUGUGAAAUUUGUUUCAAAAUACUCUUUCCAAGUUAAAACGCAAAUUUAAGCAUGUACGCUGCCGAUCAUUAGAUGUAUGGAUCAUGACCUAUACUAGCUGCACAAAGCAUCAUGCCUCAAGGAGAGCAAGCUCUAUACUGGUACAAGAACUUCCUAUCGGCCAACCCGGAAACGUUUAAGCUACUAAUCAUCAACCCAAUUCAGGAAUAUAGACACGGAAAAGGAUGACAAAGAUAUAUCUGUGGAAUAUGCCUGAAACCAAGAAUUUCAGAUAUUAUAGAAUAUCGAUAAAUUAACAACCUGGCUGAGUCUCGCGUCUGUGCAGUUUUCCGCUGCUGAGUUGUUCUUCAACAUGUGUAACAGAAAUUUGGGGACGCCAUAUUUGUGCUCCUCCCGGCCGGCAAUAAGGCAAACAUCUGGUUUCAGUAUCGCAACAAAUUUGAUCACUGCGAACGAGCAAAUUAUUCCCCCAAAGACAUUUUCUAAUACUUUCACCAUUCAAAGGGAAUAAUAUCAUGGGAUAAAAUUAUUUUUUUGCGGAUGUGCCGGCCUUGUCGGUCACCAUGUUAAUGUCACGCGGAGUUAAAACUUGGGAAAUUGGAUUGUUGUGACGUCACUUGAAAACUAAGAAAAGACAAUAAUUUGAAUUUUACUAGUCACAUAAUAAGCGAAUUAUGUACCAAGGCCAGUUAAAAAGGUAGGGGUCCUUGUGCGGUUACGAAACUUUGAAAUAUCUUGUAAUGCUAAACUAUCAUUAUAAAUAAGUCAUCAAUCCAACCCCAUCUAACAUAAUACUGUCAGGCCUGUUUCAAACGUCGUGCUACUGCCGUGCUAAGCUGGCUCGACUGCAGCACGACACUAGCACGACUUGGUUUCAGACGUCAAAUUUAAUUCACACAAUGACAGUCGAGUGGAACGGCUGUUGCCAAAAACAAAACACAAAAAUAAAGAAACGGUUUAGCAAACUUUUAAAUACAUUCUAAUGUAUUUAUAAUUUAUGAAUUGAGUUCGGCACGGCGGCAGCACGACGUUCGGCUUGCCGUACUACACGGCAGUAGCACGACUUGGUUUCAAACGUCGCGCUAUUGCGGUGCUUAAGUCGAAUUUAAUUCGAUCAAUUGAGUUCGGCACAGCAGUAGCACAACGUUUGAAACGGGCCUCACUUAGUUUGGCACUUUUGUAAAUCCGAAUCAGAUCGAAGAAAGGUCGAGCGGAUACAGGAGAGAGCGCUAAGAGCAGUAUACAGCAACAGCUCAGCAUCGUAUCAAGAGUUGCUUGACCGCGCCCGGCUACCGACUAUGUAAUAGACAUUUACAGGACGUAGCCUCUAUGAUGUAUAAAGCAAAGCAUGGAGCGCUUACCAUUUGUAUGGAAAACCCGGAAAUUCCGGGGAGAAUUCAAAUGGAACGGUUCAUCCCAGUGGAAAUUUUCCGGAAAAAAAGGUAUACCUUUCGAGAUAUUACCUUUUUCCCGUUUUUACCGAAACGACCGAAAUUUUCUAUACCAUUUGUUUGGAUUACUAGUGCCAGGCUUCAUGUCCAGAGAAAGUGAAAACUUUACCGGCAUUUGGUAAAUGGUUCAACUCAAUCUCGUUCCUGUUUUCGGUGCUAAAAAAAAAAACAGUCGUUACUAUUUGACGGAAAUUUUCCACCGAAAUUCCCGUGCAAAUGGUAAGCGCUCAUGGUCUCGCGCCUAUUUACAUCUCUAAAUUAUCCAGUGCAAAGAACGCGAAGUAUAACUUAAGGAACAUGACUUAGUGGCCGGCAGUAGUUUUUGAACUAAGGUGGAAACAUUUCGAAUGAAGGUAAAAACUUAAUGUAAAAACUGAGGAAAAGGCUUAGCAAAUUAGAGGUAUUACACUUGCAUUAUUCACUUCAAUUUCUUGGGUUUUGACGUUUUAAUUCUUGUCAGGUUUGGACGAUCCGUUAGGUAUGGAAGCGAAAACAAUUCCAGAUAGUGCCAUCAGUGCAACAUCCAUAGAGAGUCCAGCCUAUCAUCCCAGUAAUGCACGGCUACACCUGAACAUUGGUGGUGGUGGCUGGUGUGCACGUAGCAGUUUGGCAGAGCAGCCACAGUAUUUGGAAGUAGACUUUCAGAGCAAUUUUCUUUUGACAGCCGUUGCCACACAAGGAAUCGACAUUGAUUCAAGCUGUGUAACCCACUACUAUUUGUCUACAACUACUGACCACAAUACCUGGAUAUAUGUUCAUGAUUUUACAGGUAAAAAGGUGAGAGCUGAUUUUCGUUGUUGCUGUCAUAUUUCCAGCUUGUGAACACUGGUUGUGGUUGCCAGAGCCUGAAUUUACUGCCUAGGGACUGCUGCCCUGUACUGACUUAAGUGGGCCCUUGAAGGUCACCAUCCACACACUAAGCGACAAAGACCAGCUAUUAGUCUCUUUAACAUACUCUGAAAGACCCUAUUAACAAAUUAAAUUGUGGUAGAUUUUUAUGCGCCUAUUCUGUUCCCUCAGACUGAAUUCUACAUGAGCUGGUUCUUAAUUGUUUUGAAAGGGUGAUUAACGAGAUCUCCUGGAUAAAUCACUUAAGCUGGUCUGUAGCGGCCGCCUUUACUGGUGAAAGGAGCGCGAGAGCAGCAGAAACAGCCACAAGUCUAAUGGCCCUGUUUACAAGGAGGCAGGGUAACCCUAGCACUCGCACAUUUCUUCUUGUUUUACACAACGUGUUUACCAGGCAGGUAGGGUUACCCAAUUUUGGGUUAUCCUAGCGCCAGGGUAACCCUACCUGAGUACUAGGGUUACCUUAGUAAGAGCCCUACCUGGCUUGUAAACACUCUGCUAGGGAUAACUUGAUCGCCUUUCCGGGACAACUUUCCUCCGUCAUGCGUGACCAGUAAAUCUUGACAAUUUGAACGGAAUUAUCCAAUUUCGUAGCUAAAUUAUAAACAUCUGAACAAUAUAAGGGUAUUUUCUGCAUACGACAUUUCACGUUUUUUUCGUGAAUUUAACCUGUUUACAUAGAGAACUUCCAGGGCCUGUUUCCAUGGAGGUGGGGGCCCCACGUAGAUGAGGUAACACGCCCGUCAAUAUAAUGUUUCAUUUUAAUUUGAUCAUGUUUACAUGAUAGGUGGGGUGACCCGCUACAUGUUGCCUCACCUGUCUGGGGUCCCCCACCUCCAUGUAAACAGGCCCCAAGUUUUAUUUCAAAUCUUGGACGUUACAAAGAAUGUCACGCGUGACGAGACGCGUAAGUAAAGCUGGUAAAGUUGACCCGGAUGAUAGGGUAACCCUACCUGCGAAAUUUGCUUGUAAACCAGAGCUAACCUUAACCCACUUGCAGUGUUCUCCCUAGGAUUUUGGGAAGGCCCAAGGAUUCCUUGUUGAGCGCAAGGAUUCCUCUAGUGCUUCGAUCAUAUACAUAAGCUCCUUGAAUGUCCCUUGUGUUUUUCAAGAUGGCUGCCGUUCAAUGAAACGAAUGCAUCAUAGGUUUGAACAUAUUCAUAUUUUCUAAUCAAUAACUUGCGAGAAAACACAGAAAUAAAUACACCAGACAAUGUUUCAUCAACUUUAUUGGGUGAUUUUGCCUUUGAAAUACCUUGCUUUGUAGUCAACGUUAGCUUCCGUUCGGUUUAAUCUUUAGUAUUAAAGACAGGCGGCAACAAUUUUCCAGUGAAUUAAGCCAGGCAGUCCGCCUAGCCUUAAAUACCUAGGGAGAACACUGACUUGCUUGGGUAACCCUUGCUCAAGGGUAACCCUCUCUCCUUGUAAACAUGCCCUAGCAAAGUCUGCAGGCUGGUCCAUGUCUUAAUCGCAAGGUUGUUGAAAAACUUAACAAACACGAACUACAGGUUAUGUUUACUUCGAUGAAACCUAUUACCAUACCGACCGUCAAAGACUGUUAGGUUCCUCCACACAACACGAGCGCGUUUUAGCGAAAGUUCUGUGGCGCUUUCCAUUCAGCAAAAAUAAUUCCGGUCUGAAAUUUCGGAAAAUUCCACUUGCCCAGUGGAACGGUACAUUUCGGUUGCACUAACCCUACCCAAGCCACUACGCGUUUGGUUAUUGUUCUUUUAAGCAGCAUACAAAAGAGCGGUACUGGGGACAAUGGAAAGCCCGACAGACCGAAAUGACCAGACCCCUCAUAGUGGACCACUUUCAAAGCUGGUCCCGAAUAUUCCGGUCGGACCAAACCGAAAUGGUCCGUUCCAUUUGAUGUAUCAACCGAAAUGUUUUCGGAAAUUUCGCCCGUGGUCUCCCGUUCAGUCUCCACGUGUGAAAAUAAAUAUUUCGUAUCUAAAAGAUCAAGUGAUGCGUCACUAAACUAAAGCUGAGAAGGCGUUACAUGCUCCGUCCGUUGCUAAAUGCGCCUGUGUUAAUAUCAGAGCCAUCUUAAGCAUGUGAUAAAAUCAUUAAAAAUGGAUCAGGCAGUUACUUAUUUCCAAAAAAUCGAAUGAAUUAAAAACUGAAACAAUGAUGAUCAAAUAAAAAAUAUUUACUUAAUAAAUACCACAGGUCUUCAAAGGCUGCAACCUAGACGCACCUUGGGUCGAGGUGUUAAAUCAUUUACCAUUUGCCUCAGCUAUAGGCACUAGAGGAGUUCGCCUUCAUGUUGACACAUGGUAUCACAGGAGUUGCCUCAGGGUUGAAUUUUAUGGAUUUAACUCAGGGAGUAAGUUUACAAUACAGUAACUUAUGGAGACGUAAUAACCUUGUACGGUUUUCUCACUUACGGCCCUCCUUUAAAUGCAAAACCAAACAUAGAACUGUUUUUGCUUUGUUAAAUCAAGAGAGUUCAGAGGAUAAAUAGCCCCGUUAAACUAAAUAGAGAUUCCUCUAAAUUUAGUGUAUGUAAAUGAACCAAACAAGUGCUUAAAUGUGACCUGUCUUAUAAUUAUUAGUAAAAUCCAUCUAGUGGUCUAUUAUCAAUGCUGUAUUCUGAUUGGUUGGCGCUACUACUCGGCUAUAUGUUAUAGUCCACUAGUAGCGAAAAGCGCCGGCUUUUUGGCGGCAGAAAAGGAUUCAAGUCUAGCUUUAACUAGCUAAAGUUGUUUUGUCUCGAUAUUUUUGACCAACUAGUUGGAUUUUACUAAUUAACAAUUGCUGCUGGAGUCCGAAUGGCCUCUGAGUCAAUAGCCCAUUCGGCCUUCGGCCUCAUGGGCUAUCGACUCAGAGCCCAUUCGGGCUCGAGGAAUAAUUGUUAAAUAGCCCACGUUCGAUAUAUCAAAAUUCUAACAUGACUCCGAGGCGACAAAAUUGCAAAUGUUUCAAUUGCAAAUGUUUGCAAGCCUGCAGACGUAUUCAUACUGGGGGUGGUCAGCGGCACAUUCUUAAACAGUAUAGCGGGGUUUUAACAAAAUCUGUGGUUUAUGAUGAUGAACAGCGCUCUUUCUUAGAAACAUGGGGACCAACCUGAGAAGUUUGGAGGAAAACCAGUUAUUAAGGACUCCGCGGAUUCCGUAAUGUUCAAGUUUCGGCAAUAAGACUAACGAACUGUAACGACUUGGCAGUUUCGGGAUCUGGUCCAGGUUGACUUUGGCCGCCAUGUUUGCUUGCUUCAGCCUCGUGUGAUCUUAAAGACUCUUGAAGUCGGCUGAAUUCGUUACUCAAAGUUUGACGUUCUUUCAUCAUUGAAUAAUUCUGAUGUUGCAGUGCUUUAACUUCUGAGUUGUUCGCUUUUCCAGACAUAAUUAUAAGAUAAUUUCAACCAAACUCUACUCGCUCAAAGCGCACGUCCACUCGCUCAGAGCGCACGUACCAGUCAGGAUAAAAGGAACUGCAUCAAGCCGUUGUCAAAGAGAUUGAGCUAGUUUUGUGCUUGUAAAGUUUGUGCUAAAGCGCGAUAGUAAUAAAUCGAAGUGAACGAUCAGUCAGUUUUUCUUAAGAAGGACUUCCUGCCCCGCCCCCCCCCCAAAGUUCCUUUUAAAAUUGCCUUCUGAAAGCUUCAAUAACCAUUAAACUAAGCUUUUUCGUGAAACUAGACUAUGUAAUGUACCAAGAAGACGAUUUGUGUGGAUGGGAUGGAAAGGUGUUGGGAUCGAAGUCUUCGCCUCAUAUUACAACAUGCUGGUGCUAUGAUGGUUAUGUAGGAGAUGGCUUUCAUUGUGCAGGUAUGGCUAUGAGUAGCCUGCGUAGCUUGCAGUCUUUUUCGUGUGUUUUUUCUUUUGUAAUUCCUGAAGUAAAAGAUACAGCAGCGCGAAAGCCGAGCCGAUGUCAAACCAGAAAACGAUGGGGGAGGGUGGGAGGGCGAGUAGACACUAAGAAAAACCGCCUGCAUUCAACCCCUCCUCUCACAAGACUGGAAGGGGCGUUUUAGGCCUUUGUACAUUAUGCCAGCAUGUUUUUGAGCAAUUUAGUGAGGCGAAAUCAUUAAGCAUUAUUCGAGCAUUUAAGUGGUAUUUUUCCGGAAAAUUAGGUAUUUUUUCUCACAGAAAAUAUAACAGUGAAACAAUUUUGAAGGGAAAUGACUACUAAAGCUCUACUUAUACAUUUUUGUUAGUCUUCAAUCCCGCCCCUUAAAACGUUUAGAAUUUCUAAAAAUGCUCUCUCUAAGUUGAGCACUAUCGAGCAUUUUAGUGGGAAAAAAUGGAGCAUUAAGGUGGAGCAUUUUAGUGGGGAAAUAAAAGCAUAAUGUACAAAGGCCUAGGGCGUUUCAAACAUCUCAAGGGGUUGAAUGCAGGCGGUUUUUUUUUUUCUCUCUCUCUCUCCCCCUCGCCCCCUCCCCCAUCGCUUUCUUGUUUGACCGCGCGAACCAAAAACAACAAUCACACCACAAAAACCGCCAGCUACACAGGUUAGGCUAUGAGUACAUUGAAACAGUUACAAAUUGUUGUGUCAAGUUUCAGAGCAGGGUAAAAUCCCCGUUAGUGAUGUGGCGAUCAUCGCUUAUAACCGAUAAAUGAUUGAAUACCUUAAGCGAUGCGUUAAUAGAUAGAAAACGUUCAGCUGGUUAUUUCUGGAAAAUUAAUUAUUGCUAAAAAAUAAGAAUAUGUACAAAAAAUUUUGCGGUUUUCUUUAUUUUAAAAGUGUAUGAUUAAAGAAACAUUUCUAAGUUUUUCUUUUGUCCUCGUUUUCUUAUUAAUUCUCUUAGGAGUCGUGCUCUUUCCUCUUAUGAAACCGAGCUUAGGGCAGUCAUAAGGCUCCUGGAUUACUUGAUGGAUACUGACCUCCUGAGUAUGUGAGCACUCCCAAGGAGGACUAGCCUCCCCCGCAGACAUUCUUAUAGGCGUGCGUCACGCGUUCCUUCCCCACGAGAAGGAACGCGUGACGCAUGCCUAAGAAUGUCUGCGGGGGAGGCUAAAGGAGGACAAUCUUCUGAAGCUCUGUUAUUCCGAUGUGUUCUGGGAUAUUGCUGAUGUUGUUUUUAGUCCCCUCUCGACAAGCCUGACAGCACCAAUGGCCACUGGGACAGUUUUUGUGGUUUCGUUUCCAUGUUUUCUCAAUUUCUACUUCGAGAUCCUUAAACUUCGAAGGUUUUUCUACUGUUUUUAAAGACGUUUCUUUUUCAUUUGGGAGAGACAUAGCAAUGAGCAGGCAGGUCCUCUUCCCCUUGUCUUUCACUGCUACGUCUGACCUGUUUGCCUUGAUGUCUUUGUUUGUCUGGACUGGCAUGUCCCAAAGUAUAGUCACUGCGUUGUUUUCAGUUACGGUCGAUGGCCCAUGCUCGUAAUAUUUGUCUUGCACUUUGAUGCCAUAGUGCUUAUUACUUCGGCGGAGCGCGAAGUGAAGGAUUCGCGACGUUCAGGAAUGUAUCAAAGAUGACAUUUUUGGGACAACAUUGGGCACGCUAAGUCUGUAGGUUUUGGGUUUUUAUUCGGCUAUUUGACGAAGUUUGAGCCGAAUUAGUUUGAGAUGUCUCGAGAUCGCUUCGAUUUCUUUGAUUUAUUCUUUAACUUAUUCGAGGAAGAAAGAAUUUGUUUUUUGGCUUUCCCGGGGUUAGCCUGAGAGCAAGCUCUCCUAUUUGAGCCAGCGACGCGAGCCUCUCGAGAACGUGCGUUCUCGCGAGACUCGUUUCACUCGCCCAAUAGGAGAGCUUGCUCGCAGGCUAUCCCGGGGUUUGAAUCGACUCACCUGUGUGACCCGUAAGAUGAGAGGAGACUCUAAGUUGAGGGAUUAGCCGAUUGCGCUACUGCGACCCAAGGUAGUUCGGGAUAUGAAAAUUUUGCACUAGUUUCGGGACAACAUUGGGCACGCAAGUUCGUGUCUUUUGGGCUUGUUUCGGCUAUUUCACGAAAUGAGACCGGAAUACUUCGUGAUAUCUUAAGAUCGAGCUAAGUCUUUAAUUUACUCGAGGAAUAAAUAGGGGAUAUUACAUGGCAGCGUAGAGACAAGAAGUUUCUCUUCGAGUGUUGAAAAACAUUUCACGAGUGAGCGCUCCUUUCGAACUGUUGUAUGAUGAUUUUAAAGUUACAAAAUGCUGCACAAAGACGUUUUGUCCUUGUUGAGUGUUACUUAGUAAAAUUGCUUUCAUGCGUUGCGUGACUUUCUCGAACGUCCUCUACGUUUUUGGAUUAUUUAUGAAUAAUCAACUAGGGUGUGUUUACAUUUCAGCAUGAGUCAGCAGAUUUGCAUCAGUUACUGAAAUCAUAAAAUAUGUCGAAAGGCUACUACUAUUCUCAAGUGUAAUAUUUCUAGAACCUUAUGUCAAACGGUAUACAAGUUCCAAGCGAGUUCUUUUGACGAAUAAAGUUUUUCCCACGAGCUGGAGUGCUGUGUUUAGUCAAGUGUGACGAACGUCGAUGUUCACGUUCUGUGUUUACAAGUUGGCGGAAGCCAUAAUGCAUCAGUCAAUUCCACCUGCGCCCAGCCCCCCCCCCGGGCAACUGCGGGGCAUUUGCCCGCCUUGUCAGUCCCGGGGGUGGGGCAUUUGCAAAUGUUGCACUGCCCGGGGGCCGGGCAUUUGCCAACCCCCGGGCCAAUCCCGAGCUUUUGACACGCACGCGGUUUCCUAUCAGAAUAUAAGGUUUUACUGGAAGAAAAGCAGAUUGGCUCAUUUGUCAAGGACAGAAAUAAAUUGUAGAGGGUUGUAAACGCGUGUUCUCGAUUUUAAAUGUAUGUAUGCAUUUCUUCAUUGCUUAUCAAGCCAGAAUUACGUAGCGAAAUUGGAGCUAUCGAUGUGAAUCAACGUUUUUUGGUUAUUGAAUCAAAUUUCUGUUGAUAUUAUUUGAAGAACAUCCUUUCAUAUUUAUAAAACUAUUCAUAACAUAUAACUUUACAGCGCUCUGUUAAUUUUAAUGUCAAUAAUUUUAUACCAAUACUAAAACCAUAUUAAAACUGGUGCAUGUCGUCGCGGCGUGAAGUCUUAAUUAGAAUCCUCGCGCUAUUACAAAGGAAGACGUUAAUUAAACCAAAAAAAUCGCACAUUAAAAUGCUUAAAACGGCACUAUUUGACUGUGCGAUCAAUGAAAAUUGUUGCAGUGUUGACGGAGGACGGGGCAUUUGCCCUCUUUUUUCAUCCCCACCCCGGGGAAUUUGACAGCUCAAGAGUCCCCACCCCCGGGAAUUUGCCAUCCAAGGCAAAAAAAAUGCUAAUACCCGGGGGUCAGCCCGGGGGGGGGGCUGGGCGCAGGUGGAAUUGACUGAUGCAUAAGAUAUCUGAAGUUCAAGUGAGAGUUUGUUAUUAUUGGCAGAGGCUGUUUAGUUUUACUUAAGGUGGCUGAACACAAUUUUGGCAGUUUGUGAGUACAUGUCAUUUGCCAAAUCAUGGCAAGCGAAGGGUUGCAUCUCAAAAGCUGAAACUUGGCAAGUGAAAAAUAUACUGAUGAAAGAUUUUGAUUGACAGGUAAAAUUUGGCAUUUUCGUAGUUUCCAUGGCAACACGAACGAUUGAAUACAACCUUAAAAUUUCACUUUUGCUCAGUUUAUAGAAAAUUCCCUCAUUAGAUUUUCCUAUAAACUUGCACAUAGCUUACUAUAAUUAAUCAUUUCCAUUUGAAACUUAUUUGACCAAAUUUUAACAAGGGGUUUUUAGAUAAUCAGUAAUAUAAUUGUACUGUAAUUAUUAAAUGCGUCAAAAAAAAAAACGUCUGUUCAACUUCCAUUUUAAAGUUCUCAUUAUCUAAAACACGAUAAAAGUAAAAAUUCCUCCAAAUAUCACAAAAUUUUAAUGAUUAGAUUUUGAGAAAUCGUCUUCUGUUUACCAUUGCUUUUUCGCCGCCAUGUUUGUUUGUCUAAACCACUCUCCGUCACGCGAGUUACCGCUGACCACCCGCAAAACUGUGUUCAGCCAAGUCAAGUUUGUGUCGGCUGAUCCUGUGUUUUAAAGCUCUGUAAAGACUAUGUUGUUUUGGUAUAUUAAUCUUCCUUGUGUUAAUCCGACAUCCCUGACUGCUGAUAGUCAGAGAAUAAUUAUCCUCAAAACAUUCGAACUCUUAACGUUGAGUUUUAGCCAAUAGGCUCUUUGCAUGACUGUGAUCACGUGAUCAACUUUCGGUAAACACAAAAACAGUUCACUUUUGAAAAAUUUGUUAACACAAGCUAAAAGAGCAUAUUAAAAUUAAGUAACCUGAGAAAUUUCAGCCGUGUACCUCGAAAGUAGCGAUUGUAACGGCCGCCGAAAGUUAGAAGCAUUUGUAUGAGAUAACAACUUUUGCCACCCAGUCACGCUUGCGUGGAUUUCAUACAAAUCCUUGUAAAUUCUAAAUUUUAAAUUGUUGUUAAAUCCUUCCCUUACGCAUUUAAGGGCUCAACUUACCUGUUAUGAAUUAAAAGGAGAUUUGAGCCCCGUAAUGUUUAAGGAAAUAUUUCUUGACACUCCAAUUCAAUGUAAACAUCGUAAGCUCUAGAUGAGCCCUUUAGGCUCUUAGAGCAAAUGUUGUAAUAAAUAUUGCUUACAGAAAAAAAGAUAAAGAUAGAAGACUAUGACGUGAUCAGCUUUAAUGUAUUCCUUAAUUAGAAAACAGAGUAAAUAUCCCAACCAUAAUGUUAUUAUUGUUAUUAUUAUUAUUAUUAUUAUUAUUACUAUUAUUAUUAUUGUUAUUAUUACUGUGCAUGCUUCACGACAGAUGUGGUAAUGCUGGAAAUUUUAGUGCCAUCAUCAGGUGGCAACAAGUUACCUUAGACUUCUAGGACUCUUUGGAGGAUCUCGCUUUUCCAAGAACGACUGUCCCAUCAUUUGUUUUUCUCAGGUACUCUUCCGGUCUCUUCGGAGAAGUAUCCGGUGCUCUCGAUCUGAUAACAACGGGGACGGGUAUACGCCCUUUAUCUUUCAUGCAAUGCUUCUUCUAUACCCGUAUUUCCUCGAAUAACAGCCGUCCCUCGAUUAAUCGCCCCCCCCCCGCCCCUCUCGCGUACAAUGUGAUCCAGAAAAACUGAUCAGUGACUAUUCAAGCUCUAAAAAUUAAUGAAGGUACUAAAUUUGGAAAAAAGGUUUUGAAAGUCCAUGUUCGUUUUAUUUAAUGUGAUUAUUUUUUUCAUUUAAUGGGCACGACUUCCAGUAAGUAAUAUUUGAAAUAAUCGCCUUCCCUCGAAUAAUCGUCCCCUUUUUGUGCGAAAAAGAGAAAUAUUAUUAUUCGAGGAAAUACGGCAUGUUGUUUCAAAGCUGCCUCCAUGUCCUCCUGCUGAGCUUUUGCACUCGAGGUCUCCCACAUCGGCCUCCAAAAUUCUUGAAGCUCAUCCUUUAUUGUUGUUGUUGAAUUUUUUCGUCCAAGCACUUCGUCUUUGUUCUUGAACUUGGGUUUGCUGGUUACGUCCGAGUCUUUUACUCUGUCAGCAAGAUGUUUGUAAAAAGAACCUUCAGUCAUUUUUUCCUAAUUUUCUUCCAAUUCCAUAGAUGUAGACGAAUGUAGCGUUGGCGACAAUGUUUGUGGAUCGCCGCACCAACUGUGCAAAAAUAACGAUGGAUCAUUCGUCUGUGAGUGUCAACCAGGAACAACUCGAAAUGGGAACGAAUGUAAAGGUACUAAUUGAACUAAAGAUGACAAAUAUGCAUUCAAGUAAUGAAUGUCAUUAAAACCUGAGGGGUGGUAAGUGUUUUCAGUCUGAGGUUUUUUAAUCAACUAGUGGUGUAAAAGAUCCAAUUUCAGAAAUAGUUAACAGAAGCUUUGAGUAAUGAUAGAACUACCCCCACUCCAUACAGCGUCAUUAAUGCAUAAUAUUUAUGUUAUUUCAGAUAUUGAUGAAUGUGCCAAACCAAGAGAUGUAUGCCCAUACUUAACAGAGUGCAUUAACACAGUGGGUUCAUAUAUCUGUGACUGUAAAGAGGCAGGCUUCAAAGCAGAUGGAAAACAAUGUUUAGGUAAACCUAGUAUUGGCAAAAUGUUAAAGCAACAACAUAUAUUACACGUGGUGAUAGGACCAGACUCUCUUUACGAACAUUGUUUUGGUUCUUUAAACGGGCCGACAGAUUUUUUUUAUAAGAGCCAUGGUUGCGAGACGUCCUUAUCCGAGAGGAAAAGAAAGUGUGAUUCGACGCCACCUUCGAUAUUUCGAACUCCCGAUUAUUAAUCAAUUUCCGUUUCCCUUGGGGUUCGAUAAAUCGGGAUUCCACUGUAUAUGUGCAGACUACGUCACCGCUGUCACCAACAGAGGGAGAAAUUGGCUUCUCCCACUUUUAUACUGCCUUGUUGUAUAUAUGUCCGUCUUAUUUGUCAAGAAGACCUAAUGCAGUAGGUGCAUUUUUUUUUUCUUUUCUCACCAUUUAGACAUUGAUGAAUGCAAGAUCGGCAGCCAUAAUUGUGGGGAGAACUCCACCUGUGUAAAUGCUUUUGGUUCAUAUGCUUGUUUCUGUAAUGUGGGAUUUACAGAAUGGUAUUCACUGGAUGGGAAACUACAGUGUGUAGGUGUGUCACUUAUGCCUUUUUGUAUGUGACUUUCAUAAAAUGUUGUAUCCAGGGCUGUCUCAUAUCGACUUGCCCGCAAAGCUAGAGAAGUCUGUCUCUAAUGGGGGGACAUUUUAUUAGGUGCUAGCUGGUGCAUUCCGUCCUUCAUAUCUGAAAAUUUACAACUUGUGCUACCCAGGUUUUCUUUCUCCUGUAGAUAAAAUUUUGGGGUACUCCUAAUGAGUAAAAACCACAAAUAAAAAAGGGGGUCACCGUUCUGGUUUCAUCGCAAAAUGACAACAGGGAGACAAUUUCGGCCUCAAAUGAUCAUUUUGCGCGAAGGGACUUAUGCGAGCUUCAAGACAAACGGUAGAGUUAUCAAAAUUGCUAUUAAAAGCAUUAGGACUACAAAAGGAGCCUUUGUUACCUAUUUUUAGGCGAUCGGUGAACAUCACCGCCACCUUUAAAGUCGCAAUGUUUGCACAGUAGUUGAUGCGCAGUGCAAAACGAGGGAAUUUUCUUAAUUUCUAUGAAGGAGAUAUACUUCUUGACCACCAAAAAAAGUAAAUAAACUUAGGUUUGGUGCUUAAACUUACAGUAUUCAUAUAUACGCAACCGCACAUUUCAUACCUCCUUUAUACAAAGUCCAUGAAGACAACUAAUAUAUAGAUUUAGCCAGGGCUAAAAGCGAAGCUCCCGUUAAUAAAUUCAUAAUUUAAAUCAAACAAUAAACUUGUAAUCCACAGAUCAGGGCACAUUCAUUUGACGUUUGAGGCAAAGGCUAAGUGAUUUUAGAGAAAAAUAAUUUGACAGUCCAAGAGUGAAACAGCUUUUACAUCGAGUUAUUAAAUAGUCUUAUUUGUACACCCAAAAAUAGCAAUCAUGUUCGAUCACAGUAGAUUAGGCCUGGAAAACAAAUAGACCUACCUAUUCGUGUAUUGUAUUUGCAUUAGCUGUUGCAUCAUAAUGUGGCAUUCACCACUCUCUCCAACAUUGCUCCGUUUGAGAGACUAUGGAUAAUUGGACAACCCCGAAAUAUAAUUUUAAGAAACACACGCGCCACGAUAGUCCUUGGUGGCAGCCAAUUUACACGUUGCAUUCCUCUGUCUAAAAGAGAGGCCAAAAUAAAAAAACAGGCCGGAUUUUUUGUGUUCGACAAGUUUAGUUUACUAGUAAAUCUUGGCGACGAAUCUGGUGGUGUGUAAACCAGCCUUUUAAACAUACUUUUUCUCAUCACGUCUCAGGUAAACAGUACUAUGAGGCCCUUGUUUUUAUCAUACAGACCUCGGACAGAAUUUGUUUUUUUUUGCCCUAUUUAAACCUAUAAUUCUGCAGUUUUUCACAAUUUUGCAAGAGAAUUUGCACUCAUUCAAUAUCCACGACGAUCAAAGCACGCCCUUCCUUUGCACAACAAAUUAUAGCAUUGAAUUAUAAAACGUUUUCAUGAAGAGAAUUCUAUAAUGCUAAGACUUUCAGUUAGAAAAAUCUGGUCCUAUGUGAUAUGCAGGGUAAUAUGGGCUUUUAAUGAAAACGAUAAACAAAUUCCCAAAAUCACUUUUCGGCCAGCCGGACGGGGCUCACUUUUGACAGGCACCAAAUUUGCAGUGCGAUUAAUAGAGUUACCAUUUACGCUUCAACAUGAUAGAUAAAUUGUUAUGUUUAGGUUUUAUUUCCCUUUAUUUAUUAAACUGCGUAUGGUUUUGUUAUGUGUAAUCUUUAAAAGCGAGUGAUAUUUACGCGCGGCGUUUUGAGUAUUCCUGCAUGAGAUGUUUAUGUUCGACUGGAUACAACCGGUGCAGCGAUAAAAAUUGCGAGAGGGACUACUAACAAUCAAUAAAAUAAAUAUAAUUCGGUGAAACAUGUACAGAGACAAUAAUUUUCAUUCACGAAGAGAAGUAUUGAGAGUAAAGUGUCUCUGAAAAUCAUGAGUCAGGUAAGCAUAAGCUUAUUUAUGUUUUAAGCCGGCUUCCCGGUGUUUGCUCUUUUUCAAGAUGAACUCGAGGCAAGAAAAUCGCUCAGAGCUUUCUGUUUACAGCCAAAAUCAUAAGUAAAUAAUCUUCGGAACAUUUUCUUUGAAUUUGCGGUCAAAAAAUGUCUAAAGGCUUUUUAAACCUGAUACUAUUGUAGGUUAGAUCAUUGCUCGUGUAUAAACUUAAGCCGCAUAAACCAUACGCUCGACUUCAGGAAACCAAAAAAAAAAACACAUCAAAGACAACAAUUUCUCAGGCUUACCAGUCGAGAUGCUGCUUCUGAAGGUCAUCAAGUGUUCCAGAAUUUUCAACCCUCUUACGCCUCAAGCAAGGGCAAGUGAGUAAGCUCAUUUUUGAAAACGAUGCCAUCCGAAAUCGGAUUUCCAAUGACUUUGACAAGCGGUGCAUUUGUCAACAAAAAGCGCAAUAAACAAACCAGCCAUGAAUUACAGAACAAUCUUGAUAGCAGCUGUAUUUCAUUUUGUACACCAAGUAGAAAAAGCCAGUUUAAAACAUCACAAGAUGACACAAAACUCUGUAAGCUCCAGCUAUCAGUAAGCAAGUUUCCAGACGCUGCAUAAAUUUUCCGCAUGAACUCACCUGUCAAAUUUUGACCAAUCAGAACAUAAAAAUUGGACGUAGAGCGUGAUCAACGCGUGACAGUGAGAAAAGUCAAAAGUGAUUGCCUUCCCCGCAUGUAAAUGUAAAAGCCGGUUGAAUUUUCGCGUCCGAGGUCAGUUCGAAAUCAACAUUUUAAAAGUGCGGCUCAUGAACUCGACUUAUUUCAUAUGCUUUUUAAAAAAAUUGAACUUGAGCCUGCGAUAAUUGAAAAGUAGCAACCUGUCAGCGGAUACGUUAAAAAAACACUCGAACUCAGUGGGUCGAUACCUGAGCCCGCGAUAGGGUCAGGCGAUAGUGGUCAGCAGAAACACUAUUUUGACAGCUGUCAAUUAAUCAAAACAUGGAUGUACAAUAUCAGGUUGCAGGCUCCCAAACUAGCUAGAAAGUGUGAGAUUAAACAUUGGUAUACCUGUGGUGCGGACGGACGGAAGGUCGGGUGGUCGGUGUAUGGUCACGUGAUUGCCGAAUUUUCUAAGAUGGAUCGAUUUUCUAAGCUAUGGGACUUCGAAUUGAGCCCGUGAUCAAAUAAAAUAUCAGCGCAAAACUUUAAACACUACGUGACCUCAAUGGAUAGACAAAUGAGCCCGCGAUACACUCAGGUGAUGAUGGUCAGCGUAUACUCUAGUUUGACAGCUGUCAAUUAACCUUCAUUAGAAUGGCGAAUAUUCGAAUUAACAGACUACGAGUGUGAGUAAGACAUAUCCGUCCGGCAUAUAGUGGAAAAUGCCAGAUCGUGUACAUGAGCGAGCCUGAGCCCACGUUAUUAGUUUUCUGAUAGUGGUCUGCACAUGUCCCAUUUUGACAGCUGUCAAUUGACCUUAAUUUGGCUUGCCAAUAUAUCUUUAAACGACUGUCAGCCAACUGACAGCCUUGCCCGGCGUAGUUUUGUUUUUAUGUUGAACUGGUAAGUGUGACAUAUUAUAUCAGCUUAUAUGUAGGGGCAAAACGACUGGUCUUUCAUCUGAGCCCGCGAGAUAGUCAUGUGAUAAUUGUCAGCGAUGCCUAAUUUUGGCAGCUGUCAAUCUAAUCGUACUCAUACGGAUGGGUUACAUAACUAAGAGGCUAGUCGAGUUGUGCAAGAUCUAUUGAGACAUUUGACAUCGGCUUACAUGAAGCGUGUGUACGGGUGGGAGGGCGGGCGUACGCUACGUCAUAACCAAAUUUUCUUCAGAUGGAUAGUUUACCAACUUUUCUUACCCAUGGUGCUCCGCUCUGCGCGCGCUUCGCGCGCGCGAGGAGCUCCGCUAAAAAUUAUCGUAAUUUAAAAUUAUCGUGAUUUUACUGUAACCCACAUAUAAAAGCCCUCUUGAUCUUGUUUGGCUUAUGUUGCCAGCAAUUUUUAAACCACAAGGUUCUUACACGCGGGUUUCUACUGUUAUAUAAAUGCAGUAUCGCUUGUAAUUUCAUUGACUGGCAGAGAAACAAACUUUUAAACCAAGGAUCAACGACAAAAUCUACCUAACGAUGAGAGCGGGACUUCGAACCUUGAUUUCAUUGCAAAUCAGCUCCACUGACUACUCGGCCAAGCUGCCUCCUAGUACCGUUCAAGUUGUUUGAUUCUUUUCUUUUAUUACUUUUUCAUCACUCAUAAUUUUACUACAGCUGCUUGAAGCUACAAACAGUACUAGCCAUAACGUACUACUGACCUAACUGCCACGGAAAGAAGCUGAAACUAUACUCCAGUCACAGUCCUAUUUGAAUCCUGUUUUAUCACCCACCACCCGCUAGAAAUACGUUGUUUAUGUUAACGUAAUAAAUGUUCGUUCUUCAAAAGACCUGUACAUUAAAUUAGAAUUUAUCAGACCAAAAAUGCUCUGCUUUUGAUAGUCCCCCUAAAUAAACUUUACCUUUAACUUUAUGAUUUUACGUUUUGUCUUGUAGACGUUGAUGAAUGCAAGGUAAAACCUAAACAGUGUGGCAGUAAUGGCAUGUGUGUGAACACUGCAGGAUCGUACUUUUGUCUCUGUAAAGACGGAUUUGCAGCCAAAGGCUCAAAGUGUCAAGGUAUUACUUGAAAAAUGUUUUCAUAAAUCACCUCUGAGGGCCAAGUUAAAUCCUAGAUACACUACGACUGCCAUAAGAGAAGAUACGCUAUUUAGGUCAUUAUUUAAAUUUUUUGGCCUCUUCCACCUGAGACCAACUAAGUGUUUCACACGAGACAAUGUUUUGACUGAAGAGGUAUAACCUACUUCCUAUAGUUAGACGCCCUUCUAAUAACGCCCUAGUUCAGAAGCAUGGAAAAAUCAGAAGGAGGCUAAAUGGAGGGUACACGGUAUUACACUAAUUUUUCAACAAACGUCUUUCCUGUAGUUUUCUCCCUUUCAAUUUUGAUACAAGUGUAAGACGAGUGCAGUCAUUUAACGGCGCCUGCUCUACUUUUAGACUUAAACCAGUUGCGUCACGGCUGUCAAGGACUUUUUGUUAACAUUGCCAAUAACGUGUCCUUAUUUGUUAAGAAACUUAACGUCAGUGAACGCAUUACUCGUAAACGAUAAAAUCUCAGCUUCGUGCAAACAAAUGUGUCUCCCAAGCAAGCAUUUCAGACAACAAAAAUGAUCUUUGAACAACCAAUAGGCUAACCGCAAUUGCAAUCCGUUUAAAACUUGCCCAUCCUUGUCUCUUUUUGUAUUUGCUGUAUCAUUGAUAACGUCUUUUGACGUACAAAACGGUUAAUUUUUAUGUUUUACUAAAUUUGUUGGCAGCUUUUCCCACUCCUUGUAUUUUGAUGAAUUUGGUGACGCAGCUCCUUUAAUGGCAGGUCACUUACUAAGGAUUCCUUUCAAAUUCAAUGGUUGAUCAAAAAAAUAGAUGUAACCAAAAGAAAAAUUUGUUAGAACUGAGGUUCUGUAACUUUCCGAGCACAUAAGGAUGGACAGUUAAUUCAUUGAAUUUUUUUUUUGUUCUGUUCUCUUUGUUUUUGUUGGUUUUAAUUUCUAGACUUGGACGAAUGUGCUACAGAUCCUGAAGCGUGUGAACAGGAUUCGCUGUGUGUUAACCUGCCUGGUUCAUAUGCUUGUCAGUGUAAACUGGGUUAUCACCUCACGGAUAAUUCGUGUCAUGGUAACUACUAACAUAUUCUUCUCAGACACUGUGUAAGGUCAAACUGCAGUUGGUACUUAGCAUGUACGCCAAGAAAUACAGUCAAACCUUAACGUAUUAAAGAACACCUAUUCCAAACACGAAACUCGAUUUUUCCUGUCAAAAUUAUUGUAACUGUAACUUAUCGUAAGCGACCUUCUCAGAUGUUAUGCUUGCAUGAAAUUUAACAAUUAUUCAUUUAGUAGUAGCCAGCUCCAUUAUUUUAGCGGAAGUGCUAUUUUAGACAUUCGAGACAAAGAACUUUGUUUUUUCUUGCGAGAAACUAGCAAAUCAUUGCAUUUUGCGUGAUUUACGGGGGGAUUAACGUGAAACUAACAUAAACUUAGUAGAAAUAGCCAUUUCUGAAACCAUGCCAAGUCUGAUGGUUUUAUAGUUAUCGAUGAUACUGCAAAAAUUGAACGUCCUGAACUGUGCAAUUGUAAUUGUACAUAACAUUCACAUUCACAUGGGAUCAUCACCCCUGCAUUAUCAGCUUCCACUCUUGAACCAGAAAACUUUGGUUUUCUAACUGUUUAUUCAACAGAUGUAAACGAGUGUCAGCAGAAUUUCGCUGAGUGCCAUCACUGGGCUGACUGCUACAACACUGAUGGCUCUUAUCUCUGUGUUUGUAAGAAGGGAUUUUACGGAGAUGGUUUCUACUGUUCAAGUAAGUUAGAUGUUAGCUCUUUACAUUGA